AUGAUUUCGGAGGACCUCCCUGAUGUCACUUCCUCCCACCUAAUCCCUGCCGCGGAAGAGAAAAACAGAGGGAGGGACUCGACAAGUGAAGUCCGGUGUGAAAAAUGUGCCCGGGUACACUGCAGCAGCACAGCCAGAAGCCCGGCUCCUUUGGAUGAAGUCACCUCCACUUCGGAGUUUGUGUGCCUGGAUCAAACCUGCUACUCUGUAUCCUGGGAAAAGAAGCGCUUCGCUAAAGCAAAGACUGUAUGCGAAGCCCGGAAAGGGCAGCUGAUGACAGUGCAGAACUCCGUGCAGGCAGAAGUCAUCUCUUUAUUUGUGUCCAAAGCAGAGAAGGAUGUCAGAGUUUGGAUAGGACUGGAACAGCCCUUUAGGAACAAAUGCACAGAUGUGUUCCAGCCUUUAAAAGGCUUUAAAUGGGUGAGUGGAGACAGUGACACAGAUUACACCAACUGGAGGAAUGCUGAUGUCAAUAGAUGUGGUGCCCUUUGUGUCACUGUGCACAAGGAUGGCACUUGGGAAGAGACUGACUGUGAUUUCAAGGCUGAUGGUUACUUGUGUGAAUUAAAUUAUCUCGAUUCAUGCAGACCGCUUAACCUGCCCGAAGAGUUGAAUAUCACUUAUUCCCACACGUCCCUUGGUCUGGGCCGCAGUGGGGGCCCCGUCUUCCCCCUAGGCACCAAUGCCCAUAUAUCCAUGCUCCAGGACUCUCUGCUCUGUGCCAGCGAAGGAGAUGGGCAAGUGCAAUGGAAGCGUCUAACCCCAGGACCCUGGGAUUGCAGUAUAGAGAAUGGGGGUUGUGAGAAUGAUUGUAUGGUGGAAGACGGCACCCCAAAAUGUACAUGCCCCCCGGACACAAAGCUAAAAGAAGAUAACAGGACUUGUGCUAAACCAUGUGAUCCCAACCCCUGUAGUCAGCUUUGUAUUACAAUAUCGGAGUCACCGGGCUUCAUCUGUAUGUGCCAAGAGGGGUAUGAACUUGUAGAUGAUGGAAGUACCUGUAUAGAUAUUGAUGAUUGUGCAGUCAACCCCAAUAUCUGUGAUCAUCAUUGCACCAACACUAUUGGCAGCUUUGUCUGUGGCUGCAAACCUGGACUGGAGCUGGUGACUGAUCCUGAUUGUGAUAACCCUGAUGGAUGUCCAUCAGAAUGUGUGGACAUCAAUGAGUGUGAAAGCCCAUUUACCCUAUGUGAGCACGACUGUGAAAACUUUGAUGGGGGCUACAGAUGCUUCUGCUUUGAAGGCUUUGUGGUGGAUGACAAAUUCACCACCAAGUGCAAAAGAUUCUGCAACACCUCUUUCUGUGAGGCUGAGUGUGAUAUCAAUGACAUAAACAAAUGUGAGUGUCCAGAGGGUUACAUAGUGGAUCAGAAUGAUGAAGGUAAGGCAAUCUGCACUGAUUUAGAUGAAUGUGAGAAUAACCCCUGUGAUGGCAACUGUACCAAUUUAUUUGGGUCAUUUGACUGUACCUGUCCAGAGGGCUUCAUAGUCUACGAUUCUGAAUGCAAAUCUACAGAGGAAGGUUCAGGUAUGCCUGAAACAACCACUGCCAAACGACCUUUUGAGACACCACCAACAAAGCCACCUCCACCCGAUAUCCACAGCCUACAGCCGGCCAUGUUGCUAGGGAUAUGCAUUGGAGUUAUAUCCAUGUUAACUGUUCUGAUAGCAAUUCUGUGCCAUAUGCUCAGGAAGCACUACAUGGAGCAGCAUGCCUUGGACUACAAGACGACAAACACUGAGAAGGAUGUAAGACUGCAACAAGUGAAAACAGAUCCACAGAGGAAACUUUAGUGCUGCAAUGUCAUACACUGUUCAUCUGCAGAACA